CCUCUGCACUCCGGCGUUCUCUCAUAUCCAUCACAGGCGCUUCACACACUCACGCUGACACAGCUCCUGAAGAAGCCGAGACAUGGACACGCUGAGAAGAAAGGGAUAAAAACUGGACCUGAAGAAGAGAGGAAGCGGGAAGAAACAACAGCAGAAGAAGAGUGAAAGGGGAAGAAAGAAGAGGGAAUAAAGAAGAUAAGAGAGAAAGUGUGCAGUAGAGGAAAGUGAACAGGUGCAUCAAGGCGGAGAAUGGGCAAUUCCUCCUUCCCAGGUCGAGAGAAGAGAAAGGGUCCCAUGAUCUCUGCCGGCGAUGCCGAGUUCCCCCGGGAUUACCACACCCUGGCUGCCACUGGUGGCCGUGGGGCCCGACGGUUCCCCGACAACAGCAACGGGGGCUUCACGUCGUCCUCGCUGGACCGCCGGCACAACUCUGUGGCCGCCAAGAGCCUGGAGGCCCUGAACAGCAUCCACAAGGCCGACAUAGAGCGUCAGCGAGACGCCAUCAUGGACCUCCAGAAAAACAAGUACUCCAACAGCCCCAGCAGCAUGUCACAGGGCUCCCCCGCUGCGGGCCGACAGCAACAACCAAACUACUGGAGCUUCAAGACUCGCACGCCACGUGUGACACGACUCAGCCCGACACAGCCGGCUCUCGCCGACCAGGCCAGCAGGGUAUCCUUCGCGUCAGCCGAAAAUCUGGAGAGCAUGUCAGACCCUGAUAUUCCCAUCGGCUUCAACAGGAUGAACCGGCUCCGCCAGAGCCUGCCGCUGGCCCGCUCGUCCAGCCAGGCCAAGCUGCGGGCGCCAGGGAUCUUGUUCCUCCAGCUUGGGGAGGAGACUCGCAGGGUUCACCUGACCCACGAGCUGACCAGCCUGGACACUCUGAGGGCCCUCAUCGUGCACAUGUUCCCCCAAAGGCUCACCAUGGCCAUGCUCAGGUCUCCCAGCACGGCUCUGUUGAUUAAAGAUGAGACCCGUAAUGUCUUCUAUGAGCUGGAGGACCCACGGGAUGUUCAGGACCGCUGCGUAAUUAAGAUUUACUGCAAAGAGCCCAUCUACAGCACCUACCCUGGACAUCACAACCCACACCUGGCAAACGGAGACCUGCGGAGGGAGAUGGUGUAUGCACCCCAGGACUCUCCACCCAACCGCCGCCUGAGCAAUCCACCGAUGUCUUCCCAGCAUUCAUCUUCCUCUGCUUCCCCUCCCCAAGGCUCACCGUCCCGUGCUCGUCUACUUUACAGUGGCGGAAGGCCUUCUUCCUAUGCCGGGCCACCCCACCACACCCACUCCCUGCCUCACCCUCACUCCCAGUCCCACCACUCCUCUCCCCACCAGCAGCCCCAGCUCCACCAGCCCCACCAGCCCCACCACCCCCAGCCGGCCUUCUGCGCCUCCUCCAGUGCCAUACUUGAGCGCAGGGACGUGAAGCCCGACGAUGAAAUGGGGGGAUCCAGAAGCAUGGUGUUGCUGAGGGGGGAUGAUCGUGGUGGGGGCGGGAUUUACGCAGACCCCUACACUCUGGGUCCAGAUCCGAGUCGGCUUAGCCUCGCAGGGGGUCCUCACUCUCCUUUGCCAGCAAGAGCCGACCCAUACGGCUCCUUAUACCGCCGUGGUGGAGGUGGGGGUGGUGGAGGUGCUGCAUCAGUGCGUUCACUCACCUCCUAUUCAGCAGCUGCACUACAAGGAGAACUGAUGGAAAACAGCGCUCUCUACAGGCCCGGAGGACCUCUUUAUAACGAUGCCUAUGCUGCGUCUCUGUUGGCCAUGGGGUUGCGGGUGCCUCCACCCUCCUCCCCGCAGAAGAUACCUGACAUGAGAGAUUCCUAUGGAGCAACCAUGCCCAAUCGGGGUUCUCCAGGGAGACAGAGUUUGCGAAGAGACUCUGUGACCUCUUCUGUGUUUGGGGACAGUCCCAAAGCCCGGGGUCAGGGACCAGGACUGGGUCUCACCUCAGAGCAGCUGUGCCUGUUGGCUGGUGCCGGAGGGGAUGGAGGUGGACCUGGAAGCUUCGGCUCACCUCUGCUGGGGAAUGAGACAGAAACCAGGGAGCGUAUGGAGGCGAUGGAGAAGCAGAUAGCCAGCCUGACCGGGCUGCUGCAGAGAGUACUGAGCAAAGCGCCUGAGGCAGAAAGCCCGGAGAAGAUUGAGUCAGCCAGUGACUGCUCAGGAACUGACACUGGACGAACUAUAAAAAAGAAAGCUUUGACACCAUCUGCUCCUCUGGCCCUGAUGCCUCCUCCACCCUCGGGGCCCAACCAGCCUGUGACGGUGUCCCGUCUGCAGAUGCAGCUCCACCUACAAAGCCUGCAGCAGAACACCAACGCCCUGCGCAAACAGCUGUCACAGCUACGCAACAUGCAGCUGGAGAACCAGGACUCGGUGCUCGCCCUGCUGAGACAGACGGAGUCUGAACUGAGCCUCAUGAUGCUGGAUGCCAUGCGCACCCAGGAGGACCCGCUUCAGAGACAGCGCCUCCUAGUGGAGGAGGAGAGGCUCAAAUACCUAAACCAGGAGGAGCUGCUCAUCCAACAGCUGCACGACCUGGAGAAGUCUGUGGAGGAGCUCCAGAGGAACUCGUCCGUGAAUCACGGGCUCGUGACGGAGCAGGACGUGGAGCAGAAGAGCAAAGAGCUGAGGAUGCUGGGAGAGACACUCACUGAGCUAAAAAACCAGUUCCCGAGCCUUCAGAGUAAGAUGCGCGUGGUGCUGAGGGUGGAGGUGGAGGCUGUGAAGUUCCUGAAAGAGGAGCCUCAUCGUCUGGAUGCCCUGCUGAAGCGCUGCAACACCAUGACUGAUGCUCUCAGCACGCUGCGCAGACAAGUCACCGAGGGGGUGUGGAAGAGCCCCGAGGACCUCUCCAGCCAACCGCAGAAACGAGCCGAUGACCUGAGUCGUACCUCUGAUCUCGACAUCCUGAACAGUCCUCCUCUCAGCCUCACCGAUCUCAGCACCAGCGCCGGCCUGGCCAACUGGAUGCCCGUGUCUGCCGGCGACGCGGACACCUCGGGCCCCGAGCAGGACAUCCAGCCUACGAUGACCUUUAGAAAUCGAGUUCUUGAUGAGCUGCCAAGCCGGCGUCCUCCUGAUAAGUCUGUGUCCGCCGAAGUGCGACUGGCGGCCGAGCGGGACUGGGAGGAGAAGCGUGCCAGCUUGACCCAGUUCAGCGCCCAGGACAUCAAUCGCUUGCUGGAAGAGACUCAGGCAGAGCUGAUGAAAGCCAUCCCCGACCUUGACUUCGCUGCCAGGCACAUAAACAAGCCGGCAGUGCCCCCAAAGCCCCAGAUCACCAUCCCAAUAACGUCCGCCGCAGCUACUUCUGCAGCUGGGACCACUGGGACCACAGCCACGACCUCCACCACCUCCACCACUACAAACACCACACCCAGCGGGGACCAGCAGCCUGGAAAGGUGCAGCUGGCUGCCCAGAAGCUGAACAGCAUGGAGGGGGCUGGUUCGCAUCGAGGCUCAGUGGACCUCAACGUGGCCAAGUAUCGGACAGAAAAGCCCUCCAAGUCUCCUCCUCCGCCUCCACCUCGCCGAAGCUUCCCCUCUGCUCACGGCCUCACCACAAACCGUACUGGAGAAGUCAUCGUCACCUCCAAGAACCUGAAGAUGGAAGAAGAUGGUGACCUGCCAAAAACCCUUGUGAAACUGAGGCGGACCCCCUCCGAUGCCCCCCGACCUGCCUCGACCCCUCCUGUGAUCGCAGCCUCGGCCAUACAAGAUGAAGACGAUGAAGAGAAGAUUAUUGCCGAGCUGGAGUACAGCAGUAACUCUCCUGGCCCGACGAAGGGACCCACCGUCGCCGCCCGGCUCAAACACCUCCAGCAAGGCAGCCUGGAGAGGCCCAAAACCCGCAGGCAAAAAGAGGAGAUCCCCAAAGUCCAGGGUCAGCAGCAGUGCUGAGCUUUUGUCACCGCUACAGCAGAAACGCCGCUCAUUGAUCUGGGCGAUCAUCAUCACCAUCACCACAUCACCAUCAGUUUCGCUGACGUUUUCCCCUCGCUGCUUUUUCGCACAUCAUUUUGGUCAGUGAGCCAGUCUCCUUUCUUCCUCCUCUCUCUCCUUGCUUUGCCUUUUUUCAUUCUCUGUCUGCUUCUCAGGUCUCUCAGGCCUCAGCUGGACUAAUAACGUGAGGAGUGAGUACUCGGAUCGUUCUGGUUUUGGACUCCUAAAUCCUAGCUCAGACCUUGAAGGUGUGACAUUUUGUCAUUAGCGUAAUUUGUCUGACUCUCUCGGCUGCCGUAGAGGUCAGUUUCACAUUAAGGAGCCAAAUUAAAAGGGUAAAAUUUAUUCUGCACAUUUGGAGGUUUUUCCAUCGGCUCCAGACCUGCGUCGUGAAGCAGUGUGAGGAUUUCACCUCUAACAUGUAUGUCGCAAAUCCAUCUUUUACCAUAACUAACAGCUAAACACAAUACCUGUGUCCCAGCUUCGCACCGGCUCAGCUACCUUAAAAAAUAACUUUUACGCUCAGUAAAAAAAUGCUGCUUUGGGGGAUUUUUGAACAAGAAUAUACAAACAAAGCUUAAAAAGACAGGGCAAAAAAAAAAAAGACAACUAAAACCUAAAAUUUGUGAUUAUGCCGAAAUUUAUAUGAUAAGCAGUAACGCAGCAACAGAACCAUAAAAAUGUCAGAGCUUUCAGUAAGGGAGCGAUAGAUUUGGGUGCCUAGCCGGAGCUUGGAAUGUCCACGAUGAGUGACCAACAGUUAGCUACAAAGUGAUGCACAACAAACAAACUUUUACUACUUUUUUAAACUUUUACUAUUUAACUAGUCAUGCACACUGCGAGUUUUAUCCUCUCUAACCACGCCCCCUUUUCUAAGUCACACGCCCAGUGACUUUAGCCACUCCCACUCAUUCACUCCCAUUUGUAAAAUAAACAAUGCGAAAUAUUUGCAAAUCCAAUCAAAAAAUAAAAUGAUGAAAAUGAUGAUCAUUACUAAAAUAAACUAUCUCCUUUCCGCAGGUGUGUGAAAGUAUGAAACUGGGACACAGCAAAUCGUGUUACCUUUACCUUUUGUCUGCAACACGUAUGUUGUCAGAGUUUAACCCGUUCCCAAAUCAGUGUGUUAUAAAAGUUUUAAUGAAUGUGACAAGUUGAGUUUGGAUUAAAGCGCAGAAAUGCAGUGAGCUGAGACGAAAGGUUUCAUGUAAACCGAAUCUAAAGUGACAAGAUAAAUAAUCCUGCACGCACCCGGUGCUCGACGCGGUGUGUGACAUCUUGCUGGAGGGAAAUCUGACACUGAGUGUGUAUUUAUACCACCGGCACACAGUAAAUUACAAGCAGACGUUUUAGUAUAUAGUUAAUACAUUUAUGGAAUGUAUUAGCAGUGUCAGAAAUAGCAUUAAAAGCUAGCACGCAGUUAAAGUAUAACCUAAACCACUUCAGAUAUAUUGUAUGUAUAUUAACAAUCAUUUAGUUUAAGUUUGGGAGAGAACAUGUAAAAAAGAAAAAAAGUGUCAUCUAUGUUUUAUAUAAUCAAGCUUUUUUUGUAUUUUUAUACUUGAAGAAGAGGAUUCAUACGCACGUUUAACACAUUUAUUCUGUAAAUUUUUAUUUUUCUGCGUUAAAGAUUUCUUUAUUUUUUCUGCUAACCAUGAAACAAACCAUUAACACAUUUUAUCGUAGAGACCAGGAGAGGCGCCAGAUGCUCGCGGCGGGCAGGAACAUGUAUAGAAAGCACAUGAAACAAUCACCUCUCUGAUAGGAUGGCCUCAUUUUGUAGCUGUUUUCCUCUACUAUAACCAAUAGUGUGCGUACACUACACAGAUGAUACAAUUCAAACUGUUUAUCGAUGGUUUCUUGAUGAAUGUGUGAUUGUUCAAACCAUUUGUGGGUGUUCAAAUCAUGUAUAUAAACCCAGAUAAUAUAUAACAAAAUGGAUUUUAUGUGAAACUUUUAUAGAAGGAAUUAAAAAAAAGGGAAAAAACUCUCCAAAAUGGCAUGCAUACUGUAUACAUUCCUGGAAAUCUGCACGCUGGGUCAACAGAGGUCUCAUUUUCUUGUCAAAAAUUCUGUGUAUACUUGUGAGUGUAUGAUAGAGUAAAACAAAAAUUGUACAGUUACAUAGAUUUUUGUAUUAUGUUCCAAAUGGCAAAGUAAAGCCCCCAGAGAAAAAAAAAGAAAACAAAAAACACGACUAUUAUACCUUCAGAGAAAUGAACGAUAUUGUAUAUCAACUAAAUGAUGAGUGGUGCUUGCUGUGUGGGGUAAGUGUUGUUUGUGAAUCGUGAAGAAGAAUGAUAAACUACUACAAAGUCAGUAUAACUAAAGACCAACUAAACAGUGCAAAAACACCGCGCAACUUUCUGUAUGGAAGCUAAAAGUUGCUGCUUCGUGUGAGAAAAACCAACCGAAUGAAAAAGGUUGCUGCUUUUGUACAUCCUGUUGUGUUUUUGUGACAAUAAAGGUGACCCUCUUAUAAAC